AUGUUUUCCGCCACUAUCAUCUCCUUCCUCCAGCUUUGGCUCGCCUCGCUUGCCUUUGCUGCCCCUCUCGCCGAAGGAGGGGUUGAGGCAACCAAGGCCAACCCGUGGCAGUACGGCACCGGCGGUGGAAUCAUUGGCUUUAUCAUUCUCAUUCUCGACAUCCUUGUCUGGAUCGAAGUCCUCCAGUCGAACCGUCCUCCCAUGCACAAGCUUCUUUGGUGUCUCGUCGUCUUCAUCUUCCCCAUCGUGGGCAUGAUCAUCUACUGGUUGUUCUCGAACCGCAAGGAGCACCAGCGAGGAGCCGGAUACCAGCCAGUUGGCUAA